CAGCUCAUUUGGCUGAACUACUCAUGUAAUAAAAAUCCUAAUCACAUACACGCAGUUUGUUCAAUUUUAAGGCCAAAACGUCCGGAAUCAACUCAUCUAAAACUCCAUACAUUCCAUCAUCUCAACCUUUUCAAACUCAUAUAUAUAUAUAUACACUCUUCUCUACAUCCUUAUAAUCUCAUCUCACAAAUAACCUCUUCUAGCUCAUAUUUCUAGCUAGUAGUGAGAUCAAUCGUCUCUCUUUACUUUCCUCUAUCAAAGCUUUGAAGCCAAGAAUGGCAGCCAUGACUGCUUCCCACAUGGCUGUUGUUUUUGGCCUUCUUGGUAACGUUGUGUCCUUCUGCGUCUAUCUAGCCCCACUGCCAACGUUCUACAGAAUUUGGAGCAAGAAAUCUACAGAGGGGUUUCAAUCUAUACCAUAUUCAGUGGCAUUAUUUAGUGCUAUGUUGACCCUAUACUAUGGCUUUCUCAAGACCAAUGGUUUCAUGAUCAUUACAAUCAACUCUGUUGGCUGCGCCAUAGAGACCGUGUACCUCAUUAUCUACCUCAUGUAUGCAUCAGGAAGAAUCAGGAUUUAUACAAUCAAGCUUGUGGUUCUGUUUAACGUUGGAGCUUAUGGACUGAUCUUAUUGUCUACCUCCUUCAUAAUCCCACACCGUUCUCAGCGGGUCACAGCUGUUGGUUGGAUAUGUGCAGUGUUUUCUGUGGGUGUUUUUGCUGCUCCUCUUAGUAUUAUGAGGAUUGUGAUUAAAACAAGGAGUGUGGAAUACAUGCCUUUCGCCUUGUCAUUCUCCCUAACCCUGUGUGCUGUAAUGUGGUUCUUCUAUGGCCUUUUAGUAAAAGAUUUCUUCAUUGCGUCACCAAACAUCCUGGGAUUCAUAUUCGGAAUUGCACAAAUGAUUCUAUACCUUGUCUACAAAAACGCCAAGAAUGAUGACUUGCCAGAGUUUAAACUACAGGAGUUAUCAGCAAACGGCGUCGUUCAGGAGAAAACGACAGAAGAGGCCACCACCAUUGCAAUUGUCAGUGUGAUUAUCGAUGAGACUGAAACUACACCGAAGAAAUGAUGCAUUUGGAGUCGUAUGAUAGUGCUGGCUAUAAGUCAUAAAUAAUAACUCAAAUUUGAGAAUUUGUGUGUGAAAUUUGUAUUUGAUUAUAUACAUCCAUUUAUGUACUUUUAAGAUGAAGAUGGGAAGGGUCUAUAUAUGUAUAAAUAUAUACAUAGAGAGAUUGGGAGUAUAUAUAUAUAUAUAGGCUAUCAUUGUGUAUUGAAUGCUCAUUUGUAAUCUUGUUUCUUGAGUUUAAGAUAUGCUUUGUAGUUUUCAUUUUUGAAGGUCAUUUCAUAUA